AUGCCGUCGGACAUCCAGGUCUUCGUGCGCUUGCAAGACCAAUGCGUCUUUGCGGGCGAGGAGCUGAAAUGUUCGAUCACUUUCAAGAAUGUUGCCAGUUUCUCAGAACCCCAGACACCAGGCCCCAAUGUCCGCAGGAAUAGCAGGACUCCCAGUAUUGGGAAGCUGCCACCCGGCUCCACGCAACCUGGUGAUGGUCCCCUACAUUCGCCCAAGGCCAGCAGAUUCAAUUACCCUCCUUCGGCCAUGAAGAAUCCUAUUCCAUCUGUGGUCAGUCCUCCUGCUGCCCCUCCUCAACGACCUGGCCACAAGCACCAGAGGUCUGUAUCCAUCAUCUCCAUCGGCUCGCCAACCACAUCGCAACCCUCAGAGGAUCCUUCCGGUGGCCAGGCCUAUCGGCCCGCCGGUGGUCAUCGGCGGUCUUCGACCAUUCAAGUCUAUACAGGCCACAGUCGCCGUCCGAGCCAGUAUCGGGAGCCAUCUACCGGGUUACACAUACCACCACAGGCUGGGCGACGGAGUCCUUUGUCUUCGACGUCUACCUCAACACCUGUAUAUGAAAGCAGACGAUCGACGCCCGACUUUCAGUUUCCCCCAUCAACGCAACCAGAGGCAUUGACGCAGCCCACUGUUCCCAGGGAGACAUCAAGGGCACCUUCUCCCCGGAACAACGGGCGUAGUGCAGUUCCGACUCGGCUCAGAAGGGAGCCAUCUAAUGCCAGUCGUGUGACCAGCGAGCGGAGCAGUGGCGAAUUCUACUCUUUGAGCAAUCAUUCUCAAGAUACCCUUCAGUCAGAGCAGCCCUCUAUCUUAUCUGAACGCCCACAGGUCAAUGCUCCCAGUGCUAUGAUGCGCCGUCAUUAUCGCAUGGACUCCCUACCACCGGCAACGCGCAGGCCUCAGCCUCAGCCUGCAAGCCUACUGAUGGGAUAUGCCCAUCUAGUAGCCACUUUCACCGUGGACGGAUCCUUGGUCGACCAAUCUCCAUUCGAGGAAGUCAAGCGGAAGGGCUUUCUAGGUGGUCAGGCUGGAGGUGGUGUGGUUGGUGUAACGCAGAAGAAGCAACGGCCCACUUCGGGCUUCCUUAGUGGCUUUAGUUUCAACAGCUUGGGGGACUCUCUGAACUCGCUAGUGGGCGCCGACAACAUGUCGUCUGUCCGCGAAAUGAAUGCUGUCACCAACUCUCGCGCCAUUCCGCUCCUUAGCACACCACAGUCACUUCUGUUCGUCAACCUCCAUUUGGAGCCUGGUGAAGAGAAGUCUUUCUCGUUCAGCUGUGGCCUUCCACGUGGCUUGCCUUCUUCAUAUCGUGGCAAAGCCAUCAAGAUCGCCUACAAUAUUCAAAUCGGCGUCCAGACUGCUCCAACAGGGACGCGUGAUCGGGAUCACAAGGUCCGGCAAAUCAGCGUCCCGAUACGCAUCUUCUCCGGCGUCGACUUGGAAGGCGAGAUUCUGGGUCAUGAUCUGAUGCAGCCGCACGUCUUGCUGCGUGAUCCCGCCCGAACAGCAUCCAUUGAUGACGCUUUUGCAUUCAGCAACGGCACGCCGCAGGUCCCCAGCUCUCACCGCUCUAAGAUUGGCAGCUCCGAGGCAUUUCUCACGUACAUUGAUACAUUACUUGACCGUUCACGCCGGCGGCACUCCUCUGCCGGUUCUGUUCUGGAUGCAGGUAUGACUGCCACGGAGGACUCUACCCAUCCUACUUUAGCCGCUAUCAACCGCGCAAUCCUCUUGUCAAACCGAGCGGGCAUGAAUCCAGACUCCAGCUCCAGCAACCGCUUCAACAUCACUCGUGCAGGCCAUCCCGUCGCGGUCAUCACUUUAUCGCGUGCACUCUUCCGCUUGGGCGAAACCAUCACAGCGUCCGUUGCGUUCGCCUCGCCCGACUCGACGUCCAUCAGAGUUGCAACCCUUCACGGAACCCUGGAGACGACGGAGAAGGUGGCGCAAAGCCUGGCCAUCCGCUCGGCGACUUCUAUUGCGAGAGUGACUAGACGGACUUACAGCACCUGGACAAGUAACGUGCUGUUCUCGAAAAGGGCAGUGUACAGUCCCACAGUCCCAGUCGGAGGCACUCCAACUUUUAUCACGAGUGGAGUCGAGCUGGCUUGGGGCAUAAGAUUCGAAUUUGGUGUCAUCAGAAACAACACUGCUCCCACACCAGACGAAGAGAUACCAGAAGGACAAGGUGGUGAUACUGGAGAAGAAGUGAAGCUGUACGACAGCGAGCAGACGGGAAAGACCUCCUCCACCUCCACCGAGACGUCGCUUUUCGAAGAGGUGGUCAAGGAUGAGAGGGGGGUGGUAAGCAUUGCAGUCGAGAGGCUGGAGUGUGAGGCCUUUGAGGUCGUUAUUCCCAUCACGGUCUACGGCGACAUAGUGGCAGCGACUGGCGAUGAUGAAGAUGUUCGGGGUAUCCCCAUAUGA